AUGUUGUCCCAGGUGUUACUGGGUUUGGCUCUGUCUUUGCUCAUUCUGCUGACUAUCUGUGGGAAUGUUUUGGUCUGUUUGGCUGUCUGUGCCACUCGGCGCCUUCGUUCUGUCACCAACUGCUUCAUCGUGUCUCUGGCGAUUACAGACCUUCUUUUGGCUGCUCUGGUCCUUCCAUUUUCUGCCCUUCUCGAGAUAACAGGAAAGUGGCCACUGGGCGCCAUUUUCUGCAACAUCUACAUAUCACUGGAUGUCAUGUUAUGCACGGCCUCCAUCCUCAACCUGCUCGCCAUCAGCAUGGACCGGUACUUUGCCGUCACAGCUCCUUUGCGUUACCCCACCCUGGUGCUGCCACGGCGCGUCGCCAUGGCAAUGGCUGCCAUCUGGCUAGUGUCGGUGGGCGUGUCCUUUGUGCCGAUCCAUCUGGGCUGGAACACAGCGGACCUGAGCAUUCAGAACCUCCGAGAGGACGACUCGGAUCAGGACUGUCGUUUUGAGCUUAACCCCACCUACGCUCUGGUGGACGCCUGCACCACCUUCUACCUCCCCUUAAUCGUCAUGUGCUGGAGCUACCACCACGUCUUCCGCAUCGCUCGGACGCAGGCCAAACGCAUCAUCGCCACGCGACAGAACUCGUCCUCAUCGGCCUUGUCCGCCGCCUCGUCACCAGGAGCAACGAUGAUGACCAUCCGUGAGCACAAGGCUACAGUGACAUUAGCGGUGGUGCUGGGGGCAUUUGUGAUUUGCUGGUUCCCGUAUUUCACAUUUUUUACAGUGAUGGGGCUUCGUCAGGAGAGGAACCCACCCCGUUUGGCAUAUUCAGUGGUGCUGUGGCUAGGCUACGCUAACUCAGCACUAAACCCGUUGCUGUACGCAGCACUAAACAGGGACUUCCGUUCUGCUUAUGCCAGGCUGUUGUGUAGUGGGAGGGCCUUUACCAAGCACACAGCGAUGCCAGCAAUGACUGAGGCAGGGGGGCUAAUGUGUGGACAUGGCCGUGCCUCCUGUGGAGCAGACAUUAUGACAAGAUCCUGUUUUAUGAUGCAAGAGAUGGACAAUGAACUUACAGCACAUGACACCAAUGGAACUGCCAUAACUAUGGUUACUGCUGUAACCAAUGGAAACAGCAGGUAA